AUGGGUCGAAGGGUAUGGAAUGAUUGGUUUGCUGUUCAUCAUCUGAAGCAUGAUGACAACCAUAUUUAUGCACCUCCUGCUACUGAUAGAUGGGAAAAACCUCACAAUGGUUGGGUGAAGUGUAAUGUUGAUGAUGUUUUUUUUAGUGAAGACAGGGUAACAACAAUGGGUGCCUGUUUUCGGGAUCAUGUUGAUAACUUUGUGGCAGGCUUCACACAGAGACAGCGGGCCACACUGUCAACGGUGGAAGGCGAAGCAUGGGCGCUCUUGCAGGCCAUGAAGAAAGCCAAUUAUAGAGGUCUAGAUAGGGUUCAAUUUGAAAGCAACUCACAGGUGUUGACUGAAGCUAUUCGAACCAAGCGUAGUGGUAAUUCUGAAUUCAGUUUAGUGGCUGCUGACAUCAUCCAAAUUAUGCUAUUGUGUAUAAACUUUGAAGUGAAGUUUGUUAGAGACAAGUGA